AUAAUAAUAAUUUUAACCACAACUUUCAUAGCUUUAACCAUUUCAGUACUAAUAAUAAUAAUUUGCAUUUUUACAAGAAAAAAAAGUAUCAUAGAUCGAGAAAAAAUAUCACCAUUCGAAUGUGGAUUUGACCCUAAAAGAUCACCCCGUAUACCAUUCUCAAUUCAGUUCUUUCUAGUAGCAACAUUAUUUCUAGUAUUUGAUGUAGAAAUUACCAUUAUCAUUCCUAUAAUUAUUACAUUUAAAAUAUCUUCCACAAGAACAUGACUCUUUAUAACAACAACAUUUAUUAUCAUUUUACUGCUGGGAUUAUAUUACGAAUGAUAUAAUAACAUACUUGAAUGAUCCUUCUAG